GUGCGUUUGAAUGGGGUAAGCGCGCUUAACUUUCGUGUAUAGGCCAGCCCCUCGCAGCAAUGGAGGCGACGGUGCUGGCGCCCUCCUCCUCCUCCUCCUCGACGAUGGCAUCCAAGCUCUUCUCCUUCCUCCCUUCCUCCUCUUCCUCCCCUUGGCUAUGGAAGUGGAGCUCCUCAUCGCAAUCGUUCUCCUCGGGAGCCUGGACAUGGAUUAUCACCUGGGCUCUCAUCUUGGCGUGGUGGAUCUUCCUUCACCGGUUCCGGCAGGGGGGGCUCCGCGGUCCCAAAUCCUGGCCCCUCGUCGGCUGCCUCUUCGAGCAGAUCGCAAACUUCGAUCGCCUCCAUCACUGGCUGCUAGAUUACCACCACAAGACGUGGACCUUCUCCGCCCCUGUUCUUGGCGUCAACAACACCUUCACGGCCCAUCCCGCCAAUGUGGAGUACAUCCUCAAGACCAACUUCGUCAAUUACCCCAAGGGGGAGCUCCUGAGGCAGCGAUUCCGCGACAUGAUGGGCUAUGGGAUCUUCAACGUGGAUGGGGAGAUGUGGAUGCACCAGCGCAAGGUCGCGACGGUGGAAUUCGCCUCGUCCAAGCUGCGCGACUACAGCACGUUCGCGUUCCGCGAUCUCACGCUCAAGCUGGCGGGCAUCCUCGCGGAUCGAUCCGGCACGGGCCAGGCGCUCGAUCUCCAGGACUUGUUCUUAAGGCUGACGCUGGAUUCCAUCUGUAAGAUCGGCUUUGGAGUGGAGAUUGGCUGCCUACGCCCGGAUCUUCCACUCAUCCCCUUCGCGCACGCUUUCGAUUACGGCAACACGCUCAUCAUCCGGCGAUACAUCGACAUGUUUUGGAAGAUCAAGAGGUUCUUCAACGCCGGAUCCGAGCGCGAGCUCAAGCGAUGCAUCCGCGUCAUGGACGAUUUCCUCUACCGCGUCAUCGAGCGCCGCCGCCAGGAGCUGAAGCAAUCCAAGGACGUGGGCCGCCCCGACAUCCUGUCGAGAUUUCUCUCGCUCGACGAGGAGGAGGCCUACACCGACAAGAUGCUGCGCGACGUGGUGAUCAAUUUCGUGAUCGCGGGGCGCGACACCACCGCUCUCACGCUCUCGUGGCUCUUCUCGGAGCUGGCCAAGCGGCCCGAGGUGGUGGAGAAGAUCCUGGCGGAGGUGGAUCGCGUGUUUGGGGCGGACGAGGAGCUGGAGGGAAAGGAUUCGAUGAGCAAGAAGGAGCAAGUGCUCGCCAAGGUUGCCAAUUUCUCGCGGAGGCUGGAUUACCAGGGAUUAAACCGGCUACACUACUUGCAAGCCACGCUCACAGAGGCGCUUCGUUUGUACCCGGCCGUCCCUCUGGAGACCAAGACGGUGGUGGCGGACGAUGUUCUUCCCGACGGCUUUAGCGUCAAGGGCGGGCAAUUCGUGAGCUACUCGUCGUGGGCGAUGGGCAGGCUGGAAGAAAUCUGGGGCCCCGACGUCCUGGAAUUCAAGCCCGAGCGAUGGCUACGCAGCGACAACAUCUUCCAGCCCCAAUCUCCAUUCAAGCUCACGGCAUUCCAGGCUGGGCCGCGAAUUUGCCUGGGGAAAGAUUCGGCCUACUUGCAGAUGAAGAUCACAACCAUUUUGCUGCUCAGAUUCUUCAAGUUCGAGCUGCUGGACGAGAAGCCUGUCAACUACAGAAUGAUGGUGGUGCUCUACAUGGCCAAUGGACUGCUCUCCAGAGUUUCCUUCCGUUAGGAGAGCCCCCAGAGUCUUACAGAUCCACCAGCACUACUGAGCAUAGGAGAAGAACUAAAGCGUCAGAGAGAUUCAAUGCUUGCAUCAAAUACGAUCGAUGAUCGAUAGAUGAUUUUAAGAGCACAAGAACGAACCCGGUUCCAUAAAAGCGGCUCUGGAUGAGAGACGACGAACAACACCUUCACAACUUUUCUUACUGUGUCUGCAAACAAAAAGAAAAAACUCUCAAGUGAAUAAGAAAAAGAUGAAAAACAAAGGCUUUGGAAAA